UUUCUUGAAUUGAAGGAAGUGUGCAUGUUUCAUAGGUGAAAGAUAACUUCGAUUAUUUAUUUUCAGUUAAUUUCCUUUUCAUUAUUCGGUUUAUGACAGUCUAAGCCAGUCAGCGGCAUAUCGGUUAUGGCCACCACCGUGCCGGCGUUCUCAUAUGCGCCUUCCUUCGCUAUCAAACCUCCACACACCGACGCCAAUGCCUCCUCCUUUAUUCCACCCUCUUCUCUUUCUCAUCCUUCCUCCUUCUCUCCCCUCAGACGACGUCGUUUCACACGCGCCCCCGUUGUUGCCGCCCUUGCCCCUUCCAAGGGGACGCUAGGUAGUAUUAGAAAGAGUCUCAACGAUUUCAUGAGCUUGAACUACUGGGUUGUUCGUGAUUACUACCGCCUUGUUAGCUCUGUUAACUCCUUCGAGGCCCACAUUCAGAAACUCUCCGACGAACAGUUAACGGCCAAGACGGAGGAGUUUCGCAGGAGGCUCGGACGUGGCGAGACCCUUGGAGAUAUUCAAGCUGAGGCGUUUGCUGUUGUUCGUGAAGCUGCAUGGAGGAAGCUUGGGAUGCGCCAUUUUGAUGUUCAGAUUAUUGGUGGGGCAGUGCUGCAUGAUGGGUCAAUUGCCGAGAUGAAAACAGGGGAGGGGAAAACGUUGGUUUCCACGUUAGCAGCGUAUCUUAAUGCCCUCACUGGUGAGGGUGUUCAUGUGGUAACCGUCAAUGAUUAUUUAGCUCAGCGUGAUUCUGAAUGGAUGGGGAGUGUUCAUCGCUUCUUAGGUCUUUCUGUAGGCCUUAUUCAGAAGGGGAUGAAUGCUGCAGAGCGGAGAUCCAACUAUAGAUGUGAUAUAACAUAUACCAAUAACUCUGAACUUGGCUUUGAUUAUUUACGAGAUAAUCUUGCUGGAAAUAGGGAAGACCUUGUGAUGAGAUGGCCAAAACCAUUUCAUUUUGCAAUUGUUGAUGAAGUGGAUUCUGUCCUGAUAGAUGAAGGAAGAAAUCCUUUGUUAAUAAGCGGUGAGGCUAGUAAAGAUGCUGCACGAUAUCCUGUUGCUGCAAAAGUAGCUGAACUGCUUGUGCAGGGCACUCAUUAUAACGUGGAGCUUAAAAAUGAGUCAGUGGAGUUGACUGAGGAAGGAAUUGCUCUUGCUGAAAUGGCUCUUGAAACCAAUGACCUUUGGGAUGAAAAUGAUCCCUGGGCUAGGUUUGUGAUGAACGCUUUAAAAGCUAAAGAGUUCUAUCGACGAGAUGUAGAGUACAUAGUCCGAGAUGGGAAGGCUUUAAUUAUCAAUGAGCUGACAGGAAGAGUUGAAGAGAAACGGAGAUGGUCUGAGGGGAUUCACCAGGCUGUGGAGGCAAAGGAAGGUUUGAAGAUUCAGGCAGAUUCCGUUGUUGUGGCACAAAUCACUUACCAGUCAUUAUUCAAGCUCUAUCCAAAAUUGUCAGGAAUGACUGGGACUGCAAAAACAGAAGAGAGAGAAUUCUUAAAAAUGUUCCAGAUGCCAGUCAUUGAAGUGCCCACAAAUCUUCCUAAUAUUCGUAAAGAUCUUCCUAUUCAAGCUUUCGCCACUGCUCGUGGGAAAUGGGAGCAAGUUCGCCGAGAAGUUGAAUAUAUGUUUAGACAAGGCCGUCCUAUUUUAGUUGGGACAACUAGUGUAGAAAAUUCUGAACUUUUGGCUGGUCUGCUUUGGGAGUGGAAUAUUCCCCACAAUGUCCUGAAUGCUCGACCUAAGUAUGCUGCAAGAGAAGCUGAAAUUGUUGCACAGGCAGGACGCAAACAUGCCAUUACCAUCUCUACAAAUAUGGCAGGCAGGGGCACGGAUAUAAUCCUUGGAGGAAAUCCAAAAAUGCUUGCCAGAGAAAUUAUAGAGGAUAGCGUAAUUCAUUUAUUGACACAACAGGUUCCAAAUGUUGAACUUGCUAGUGAGACUGUUUCGCGACAGGUGCUUCCAAAGAUAAAGGUUGGAUCAUCAUCAAUGGCCUUCCUGGCUAAGGCAACCUUAAUGGCCAAAUAUGUCUCGAAAAGUGAGGGUAGAAACUGGACAUAUCAGAAGGCUAAAUCCUUGAUCACAGAGGCUAUUCAAUUUAGUCUGUCAUAUAGUUUUGAGGAGCUGGAGGAGCUUGCUAAUGAAGAUUCUGAAUUUUACCCUCUUGGUCCAACAGUAGCACUUGCCUAUGUGUCAGUUCUGAAGGAUUGUGAAGAGCACUGUUUGCAUGAAGGCUCUGAAGUUAAAAGGCUUGGUGGCCUUCAUGUAAUUGGUACAUCUUUACAUGAGUCCCGGAGAAUAGAUAACCAGCUCCGUGGCAGAGCAGGAAGGCAGGGAGAUCCAGGUUCAACGCGAUUUAUGGUUAGCUUGCAGGACGAGAUGUUUCAAAAGUUCAAUUUUGAUACGGAAUGGGCUGUCAGACUUAUAUCAAAGAUUACAAAUGAUGAGGAUAUGCCAAUUGAGGGUGAUGCCAUUGUGAAGCAGCUCUUGGGGUUGCAAAUCAAUGCAGAGAAGUUCUUCUUCAGCAUAAGAAAGAGCCUAGUUGAAUUUGAUGAAGUAUUGGAGGUGCAGCGAAAGCAUGUUUAUGAUCUAAGGCAGUUGAUCUUGACUGGAGAUGAUGAAAGCUGUUCCCAACACAUAUUCCAGUACAUGCAAGCAGUUGUGGAUGAGAUUGUCUUCGGUAACAUCAAUCCAAUGAAGCAUCCAUGUACCUGGAGUUUGAGUAAGCUCUUGAAAGAGUAUAUGACAAUUGGUGGAAAGCUGCUUCAUGAAUCUUUUGGAGGGAUCACCGAUGACUCUUUGUUAACCUCACUUGAGCAACUGAAUGAUGCGGGUUCCAUUGAUAUUGUCAACUUUUCCCUUCCAAAUCUGCCCACACCUCCAAAUGCGUUCAGGGGAAUCCGCAGGAAAAGCUCUUCAUUAAGACGUUGGCUUGUUAUUUGCUCUGAUGAUCUAAUCGAGAACGGGAAGUAUCGGACAACAUCUAAUCUCCUCCGCAAAUAUCUUGGAGAUUUUCUAAUUGCUUCAUAUCUAAAUGUUGUUGAAGAGUCUGGUUAUGAAGAUAAAUAUGUCAAGGAAAUUGAGAGAGCUGUUCUUUUGAAAACUCUUGAUUGCUUCUGGAGAGAUCACCUUGUAAACAUGAAUCGGCUCAGUUCUGCAGUGAAUAUAAGGAGCUUUGGGCACAGAAACCCUCUUGAAGAGUACAAAAUUGACGGUUGCCGUUUUUUCAUCUCAAUGCUUAGUGCAACAAGGAGGUUAACUGUAGAAGCGCUGUUACAGCAUUGGUCAUCUCCAAUGGAAUCACUUGAACUAUCUUGAUUAUAAAUGUACAUAAAAAGGUCCAAUUUUUACACAAUGUUAAUUUGAUGUUUCAAUCAGACUAAUAUUCUGAACAGUGUAGAUAUUGUAUUAAAGAACUCUGGCCACACCUUCUCCGGUAGCGUUAUCCGUAUUUCUGGUUUGUCAAAGGGACUGGGAUGUGACAUGGAGAUGCACUAUACAGGUUUGUCAUCAUGAGCAGCACACCCUAUCAUGGAGAUAAUGCAGUGCGGAAUCUGAUACAAGCUCCUAUUAUUUAGAGCCUGGGGAAUGAUUGACUUGAAUUUUUCCUUUUCAAAAUGCAGGGUAAUCACAGAGGGGAUCCUAUUUCGUACAGUUCUUGUGCUUUAAUAACAUGAUUUUUGUGGAUUUUUGAAGUUGAAGUUUUUAUAUGGUGCUUCCAAGAAGAUAUAUAUGGCAAGCGCUUUGCCAUAAACUCCAAGCAAAUUGAGAUAGUGCAUCAACCCAUUGUAAAUUGUAUCCUUUGGCAUUGUUAAAAAAUAUGUAAAAUAUGAAGCAGGAGUAAAUAAUUAUAUUAUAUUCAAUCUUUCAGUUUCUUGACAUUUUUGUCACCAAAAAAAAAAAGUUUAUUGACAUUUUAACAACACUUCUAGGAAUUUAUGUAGGAUAUGUAAAUUAAUAUUGAGGGCAUUCUAUCUUUCAGGUUUAUUGUAUCUUUAGAUUAGAGGUUAACUAUGUUAGUUUAUGAGGAUCAAACUAUGACAUAACACUGGGCUAUUAUAUUGGUAUUUCCAAUAUUUUACCAUCAUGUUUUGGCCAAGCCCUUUAUCCCAAAU